ACCAUUUUCCACGGCUGCUUUUUUGCAAAAACCCUCUUUUAAAAAAUGAGUUCUAAUUCAUUGCAAAGUGGCGUCACUCGUCAAACCAUGAAUCAGUGAUGAGAGGGAAGAGAACAUUGGAAUUAGAACAAGUGUAAAACCUCACAUAAACAAAAUCCCAAAAAAAUUAGUCAAAAAUUCAAAGGUACCCACAUCGUCUUUCCUCAUCAAACGGCGUUUUUACAGAUCCAAACACCCACUUCUCAUAUUAAAAGAGAAAAAGGAAAAUACCCCACAAAAAAUUGAGAAAAAAGAAAGUGGGAUUUCAAUCGAAGAGGCAGUGAUUGGAUUCUAGCUAGUCCUCGUGGAUUCCCAUACUCUCUAUUGAAUCGCUUUGUCUGAGUUUGUAAGCCCAAUUCCACGUGCUUUUCUUUCUACUCUUUACGCUUUCUAUAAAUUUUAGAGCUCAUCAGUCGAUUUCAGAUCUGAUCGCCAAAACCCAAUUUCUUAUUUUGAACCUAAUGAGUAUUGAAAGCCUCUCUUCCUAUUGUUGUUGAUUUUUGUUGUGUUUACUUCUCGUGGGUUCGUGGGUGUGCUUGAUUAUUUGCAGAAAUGGAUAAGUAUGAAGUUGUUAAAGAUUUGGGUGCUGGAAAUUUUGGUGUUGCUAGACUUUUGAGGCAUAAAGAAACCAAAGAGCUUGUCGCCAUGAAGUAUAUAGAACGUGGACAUAAGAUAGAUGAGAAUGUAGCAAGAGAGAUUAUAAACCAUCGAUCGCUUCGGCAUCCAAAUAUAAUUCGUUUCAAGGAGGUUGUUUUAACUCCAACGCAUUUGGCUAUAGUGAUGGAAUAUGCUGCUGGGGGCGAGCUUUUCGAAAGAAUUUGCAAUGCUGGACGUUUUAGUGAAGAUGAGGCAAGAUAUUUCUUCCAGCAGCUAAUUUCUGGAGUCAAUUAUUGCCAUUCAAUGCAAAUAUGUCAUAGAGAUUUGAAGUUAGAGAAUACCCUUUUAGAUGGAAGUGCAGCCCCACGCUUGAAGAUCUGUGAUUUUGGCUACUCCAAGUCAUCUCUGUUGCAUUCAAGACCAAAAUCAACCGUUGGUACCCCGGCAUACAUAGCACCAGAGGUUUUAUCUCGACGAGAAUAUGAUGGAAAGAUGGCAGAUGUAUGGUCAUGUGGAGUUACUCUCUAUGUUAUGUUGGUCGGUGCAUACCCUUUUGAAGACCAGGAUGAUCCUAGAAACUUUCGAAAAACUAUUCAGCGAAUAAUGGCAGUACAGUAUAAAAUACCAGACUAUGUUCACAUAUCCCAAGAUUGCCGAGACCUACUCUCUCGCAUCUUUGUCUCAAAUCCAUCAAGGAGAAUUUCACUAAAAGAGAUAAAAAGUCAUCCAUGGUUCCUAAAGAACUUGCCAAGGGAGCUGACAGAAGCAGCCCAAGCCAUCUAUUACCAGAGGGAUAACCCUAGUUUCUCUCUUCAAAGUGUUGAAGAAAUCAUGAAGAUCGUGGGAGAGGCGAGAAACCCGCCCCCAUCAUCAACAACCGUCAAGGGCUUCAAAUGGGGAACUGAAGAGGAUGAUGAAGAAGGUGACGGAGAGUUGGAAGAAGAGGAUGUAGAAGAAGAAGAAGAUGAUGAGUAUGAUAAAAGAGUAAAAGAAGUUCAUGCUAGUGGAGAAUACUUACGUACUUAGAAAUAGAACAUAACAUAGAGUUGUGUGAUUAUAUUAUUGAGGUUGGUUGUUGUUAUGUGUACAGUAGUGUUAAAUAAUUAUUGCUCUCCACAGUAAGCAUAUCAUAUUAUAUAUCAGCAGACCUUUAAGUUCUAAAUGUGUUUAUUUAUUGUUGGUUGAUGGUCUGCAAGUCUAAGCUAUAGUUUAUUUCUCUUUUUGUCACUUGUUAUUGUGUUACUAAAUAAUUCAAUGUAGUUGGACUUAUUUUUGUGUUUCCUUAGAUGUCACUGUUGUUGUAAUGGUUUAUGAGAAAAGCAAAGAUGAUCAUGGUGGAAGAUGUUUUGAAUUUA